CACUUUUUCCACCCCCAACCAUGCAGCUGCCAUCGAUUUCUACUCAAUCCCUCCUGACGAUAGUGGCCGUGGCUGGCCUUGUCGGUUAUAGCUAUGCAGGCCCGGUUCCUAACGACGCUUAUCAGCAGUUAUUGAAGAUCCCUGCCUCGUCGCCAUCCACUUUCUUCAGCAAGGAACCCUUCUCCCCAGGCCACCGCGAUCCCUGGGACCACAAGGUCGAUUCCAUCGGCGAAGAUCGAGAACCCCUUCCCUGGCGCAUGGGCGAUGGCGCCUCCAUGAUGGGACCGCGUAACAAGGACCGCGAGCGCCAGAAUCCCGAUCUCGUCCGGCCUCCAAGCACUGACCACGGCUCACUACCCAACAUGAGAUGGUCGUUUGCGGACUCGCACGUGCGAAUCGAGGAGGGUGGCUGGACGCGACAGACCACAGUUCGCGAGCUCGGGACAAGCAAAGAGCUGGCCGGGGUCAACAUGCGACUAGACAAAGCGGUUUACCGAGAAUUGCAUUGGCAUGUCGAGGCCGAAUGGGCCUACGUUCUAGCCGGAGAGGUGCGCGUGACCGGUAUUGACCUCGACGGGAAUGCCUUUAUCGAUGAUCUCGAAAAGGGGGAUCUCUGGUACUUUCCAUCCGGUCAUCCGCACAGCCUGCAGGGCCUGGGCGAGAACGGCACCGAGUUUCUCCUGAUCUUCGACGAUGGAGGUUUCAGUGAAGAGUCAACCUUCCUGUUGACCGACUGGAUGGCACACACUCCCAAGGCAGUGCUAGCCGAGAACUUCCGCCUGCGCCCGCAGCUGUUUAAGAACAUUCCGACUAGCGAGAAGUACAUCUUCUCCGGCUCUCAUCCAGGUUCUAUCUCGAAGGAAGUCCCACCGAACUUCAAGCCCUCCAAGCAACGCUUUACCCAUAAGAUGCUCGCCCAAGAGCCCGAACACACAUCCGGUGGAGAGGUGCGCAUCACCGACUCCUCCAAUUUCCCCAUCUCCAAGACGGUAGCUGCCGCGCAUCUGACCAUCCAACCUGGCGCGCUGAGGGAGAUGCACUGGCACCCCAAUGCGGACGAGUGGUCCUACUACAUUCGAGGUCGUGCGCGAGUCACGAUUUUCGCGGCCGAGGGAAACGCUCGCACGUUCGAUUACGUGGCUGGGGACGUAGGAAUCGUGCCUCGGAACAUGGGCCACUUUAUUGAGAACUUGUCAGAUGAUGAAGAGGUGGAAGUGCUGGAGAUUUUUCGCGCAGAUCGGUUCAGGGACUUUUCGCUAUUUCAGUGGAUGGGUGAGACUCCGCGGCGUAAUGUUGCUGAGCACUUAUUUGCUGAGGAUCCUGAGGCAGCGCGGGAAUUCUUGAAGAGCGUUGAGAGUGCUGAGAAGGAUCCCAUCCGGAAUACGUUGGUUUAAUGAGCCAUAAGUAACUCGGAUAAAGAGGGAGUUGGCCUUGUACUUUAUAGCUUGCAACGUAAGACCAUGUCGAAAUAAUUGCAAUGAUUGCGGAUUUGAGAUAGAGCGAUGUCGUCGACGUCAUAGUUCACGAUAAGCGAUAAGCGAUAAAUG